GCUGCGUUUCUGAGACUCUUUGUUCUUUUUGUUCAGAUCAGUUCCCUUUUUUGACUUUUGUUCAAUUUCAAAACCUAACACGCCAUAAUGGAAGUUCCAGUGAUCAACCUCGCGCCGUUCAUGAGCGACGCGACCUCCGCCGAAGCCGCUGCCGAGUGCGCAAAGGCUGCCAAGGCGCUCGAGGAGUUUGGCUGCCUCGUCGUCCGCGAUCCGCGUGUCACUGAGGCGGAUAACUCGACCUUCCUCGACCUCAUGGAACAGUACUUUGAGCAGUCUGUCGAGGACAAGAAGGCCGACGAGCGCCCUCAGUGGGGUUACCAGGUUGGUGUCACGCCCGAGCUCGUGGAGGUGCCUCGCUGCACUGUCGACCCAAAGUGCCUCGACACGAUCGCCAAGAUGCCCGAGGACGAGCGCGCUCACGUUCCGGUCGGCCCCGACCCAAAGUGGCGCUUUUUCUGGCGCCUUGGCGAGCGUCCCUCCGAGACCAAGUUUAAGGAGCUGAAUGCCGAACCUGUCGUUCCCAAGGCCUUCCCGCAGUGGGGCCAGGUCAUGAACAAGUGGGGCUCGCUCAUGAUGGAUGCAGUCACCUCGCUGUCUGAGAUGGUCGCUGUCGGCUUUGACAUGCCCAGCGACAUCUUCACCAAGCUCGCCAAGAACGGGCCGCAUCUGCUCGCUCCCACUGGCUCGGAUUUGGCUCGUUACCACGAAAAGAACACCAUCUUUGCUGGCUUCCACACUGACCUCAACUUCCUGACCAUCCACGGCAAGUCCCGAUUCCCCGGUCUCUACGUCUGGCGCCGCGACGGCAAGCGUGUCGAUGUUCGCGUUCCUGACGGCUGCCUCCUCGUUCAAGCUGGCAAGCAGCUCGAGUGGCUGACUGGCGGCCGCGUUAUUGCCGGCUACCACGAAGUUAUUGUCACCGAUCGUACACUUGAGGCCAUCGAACGUGCCAAGGCGGCUCACCGCUCCCUGUGGCGUAUUUCGUCCACAGUGUUCAUGCACAUUGCUUCGGACAACAUCUUGCGACCACUGACCGAGUACGGCUUCCAGGAGAAUGCCGAGCUGUACCCACACAUGCUCACCGGCGACCAGGUGGCCCGCGAGCUGUCUGCGCUGCAGCUGAAGAAGAUUGACAACAUCAACCAAGCCAACGCUGCUGCUGCCGCUGGUCAGGUGUACUAGUUCUGCCGUGUUGCACCUCUGUUCUUGUUGUGCGUGUGCCGGUUGUUUCGAUUGUCGUUCAAUGACACAUGUUUGACACGUCCAGCA